UAAAUACAUUGUACCCAUGGCUCCAGCCAUCUCCUCUGACACCGCUUCCCGCCUUCCACUAGGAGUUAACUAUAACAGGCAUAACCAGCUAGGUCGCAUGCAGCCACACACGAGCUCGGCUAAGUUUUCUAUAGGAACUCAGGAAGAGGCGGAGAUCACCGAUACUGGCAGUAGGGAGCUCAUGUUUGACAGCUACGGAAGCCUGAGAGGGAUUGACUCGAGCUAUAAUCUAUUUCCGGCCACUGUUUACGGAAGCCGCAUAGUCCAAAGUAACAUGUGGUUGAACGCUCUCACACCAACCCAAUAGGAUACGCACGGUUUUUCUUCAGAGCUGCUGCUGUUGAAUGCUGAAUCCUCAAUCUUUCCAGUAUGGAAGAUACACAGGGAUACGUCGAGGUCCAGGACCAGUUAAACUCCCUGCUUAGUGAUCUGUAUGAUUUCGGUGAGUGGUAGCAUUGUAUAGAUGCUCGGAUACUGUAUACACUUACGUUGGAGGGUUUAUUCAUUAAAUGAACUGUAUUUACUCCAGUUCAGUGAACUGUGCUGUGUAAAACUGAUAGCAGUCACAAUAUAGUAUACAUUAUCAGAUUACACAUAUCCUAAGUGAUGAGUGGAACUGAUCUUGGGGGAUAAAUCUGCCCUCCCACAAUCCUCUGAUGGACAAAGUUCAGUGGAUAAGAAAAAUACAAUACACCCAGAGAUGCUCUUGAGGAAGACGGAGUCCAAACGUACUUUGGCAUUAAAGGGAAACUAAAGGCUAGGAAUACAAAGUUGGAUCCCGAGCACUAUAAGGCCCCCUCGCCCACGCCUCCCACCCACAGCGCAGAAAGGGAUAAAACCCUUUUUUUUGUCACUUAGCUGAUUCAGGGACCUAAUGAACAUGUGUGGCAAGCGACGCGCUCACAUUAGGACAACCCUAUAGGAAAGCAUUGAAUCAAUGCUUUUUCUAUGGGGUUUUAGCUGAAAAACCCCAAAAGUCGCCCAACAACUUUGAUGCGCCUCUUGUGGCUGUCUGGUACACAGCCACUAGUGGUGGAAUUAUUGCAGUUUCUCAAUAACUGCAAUAAUUACCAUUGCAGGGUUAAACUGACAGGGACAGGUCACCCAGACUACUUCAAUGAGCUUAAGUGGUCUGGGUGUCGAUGGUGUCCCUUUAAAGUUUUACUCCAGUUUUAUUUUUCACAUAUAUGUUCAAACAGGGCAACAGUUAACAACUGUGUCAGGAAGACAGCCUCUAGAGGCUGGAUUAACCCUGCAAUGUAAACAUAGCAGUUUCUCUGAAACUGCUAUGUUUACAUCCAAAGGGUUAAAACCUGGGUGGCCUAGCACCCAGACCACUUCAUUGAGCUGAAGUGGUCUGGUUGACUAUAGUGUCCCUUUAAUAAUCAACAAAGGCCCCCCUCAUUGCCCCUCCUUACUUUCUACCCCUAAGCAAUUCACUUGAAUGGAAAGUGUGUGGGGCUUGGCUAAGUUUAAUUGUGUUACUUGGCUGAGUUUGAAUUGUGUGUGUGACUGGCUGAGUGUUAUUGUAUAUGGAGUUUGAGUUUGGAGUGAUUGCAUUCACUUCCCCAUGCUAACACUAACAUGCUGGCUGCAGUGAAUCCUAUUCUUUGUCAACAUGAACCUGCCACAGUGGCAGGGAGCAAUAGGACUGACUGUCACUCAAAAUAUAGCAUGUAUGAAUAGAAUGUAAUAUACAUUUGUUAUAUACACUUUAAUAUAAUACACAUUUAUUAAAGGACCACUAUAGUGCCAGGAAAACAAACUAGUUUUCUUGGCACUAUAGGGUCUUUAGGUCCACCCCCCCCUCAGGGUCCCACUCCCGCUGGGCUGAAGGGGAUAAACACUUACCUUUCUCCAAGCUUUGUGUGAAGAGUGUGUUCUAUUCAUUUCAUUUUGCAAAAAAUUCAGAUCUCAAUGGAAAUUGACACUUUUAUAAACUAACAUGGUUAUAUCCACACAGACAACUGGUCCUGUUACUUCCUAAUUUGGUUAGCGUAAUGGAGCUAAACUAAAGAGGCAGCAAUUGCCCAGAAGUUGCAUUAUGAAGUCUGUAAUUGGACAGCCACAGAAAGUCUGAGCAGGUUAGAUGGGGAGGUAGUAGCAACUUCUGCAAGCUGGUUUUAGAUAUACUUUACCUCAAUGGAAAGAAAAACAUAAUUAAAUGCAUGCAAGUGUUCAUCUGGGGUAUAUCUCCUAAACAAUUAUUUUUAAGUAUAUAUUUUUCAUUCUUUUCAUGCACCCAUUGACACUAUUUAACCAACACACACUUUCACUGACACACACAUCCUAACUGAUGUCUGUAAAUUGACACACACUCUUACUAACAUUGGCACACAAAAUGUUUAACCACCUAAGGACGGCCGCCCUUAGUAGGGAUCGACCGAUACUGACGGUCUGAUGGAGAUACCGAUAAUAUGUCAACUUUCAGGCCGAUAGCCGAUAACUUACCAAUAUUCUGUAUAUUUGCCAUUUUUUUUAAAUAAACUGUUUCUACACAAAUCUGUUAACAGAACAUGUUUAUUAUUUAUUUUUAUUUUUUUUAAGGUAAAUGCACAAAAUAUACAUACCAGUCAAAAUGUAUGUUUUCAAGAAUAUAUGUGUGUGUAAUGGAUGCAGUGAGAGUAUUUGAUUAGUGAAUGCAGUGUUUGUGUAGUCUGUGUGUUUGUGUAGUGGAUGCAGUGUGUGUAUAUAAUGAAUGCAGAGUGUUUGUGUAGUGUGUGUGUGUGUGUGUGUAUAGUGAUUGCAGUGUGUUUCUGUAGUGUGUGUGUGUAGAGUGAAUGCAGUGUAUUUUAUAAUGAAUGCAGAGUGUGUGUGUGUGUGUGUGUGUUAGCGUUCAAUUUAGUUUUUUGCAUUUCUCACACACAACAAAUGUGAACGCUAAAUUUGGCCAGUGUUUUUGACUAAGUGGCUACUAAAAAAGACUGGACAUACCCCAUUUGUAAUACCUUGGGUUGUCUACUUUUGCAAAUGGUAUGCCAUCAUGGGGGUAAUUUUCAUUCCUGGGCUGCCAUUUGGUCUCAAAGGCAACAUAACCAAUCUGGCAAAUUUUAAUGUGUAUAAACUGAAAAAUGUAAUGUGCUACAUUUGACCCUGUAAGUUUCCAAAACACCAUAAAACCUGUAGAUUGGGGGCUCUGUUUUACUCGUGAGACAUCAUUGAAUACAAAUAUGUGUACUUUAUUACAGUAAUGGCUAACAGUAUUGUGACAUUCACAGUUAAAAUGCCAUGCAAAACUAAAAAAACUUUUUCUCGUUUAAAAAAAAAAUAUUUUAUUCAUAUUAAAUUAUGUUUAAUAUACAAAUAUUUGAUGUGACAUGAAAGCCCUGUUUCUCCUGAACAAAAUGAUAUAUGGUAAGUGUGGGUGCACAUAAUAUGAAAGAUAUGAAUUACGCCUGAACAGACAGAGCGCAUAUUCAAGGUGUUUACGUUUUGUUUUGAUCAUAACUUGUACAUCUGCCUCAGUCCUUAAGGGUUAAACAACAUAUCUAUUGACAGAUAAACACACUCAGAUGCACACUUCCUGACGGACACACAAACUCUCAGAUACUCAUACACCCACUGACCCAUGUAUGAUAUUUUCCUGCUCCCCCUUCACUCAGUAGUUGGCAUAGUCGUUUAUGUCUCAUAACACCUCAGAUAUAAUAGAACAGAAAAUGUGAAAUAGUACAGCAACUACAGAACACAUAUCUAUAAAUGAAACCUACCCAAUAUUGCUUUAAUUUGUUUUUGUUUGCCAUACAGUUUACAGAAACUUUAGAGAACUUCUAUAAGUAUUGUUUGGAUGUACACACAUUUAGUAUGUUUUGUGGGUUUUUUUUUUGUUUGUUUUUUUUUUUAUAUUUCCAUAAAUGUGAUUUUAUUUUUAUUAAUUUUUUUGUGUGUAUGUGUAAAUAUGUUUUUUGUUUUAUUUAUAUUUGCAGGUGAUGAUUUUGUACACAGAGACAAGACAAAAACAAAGAGAGUUGCUGCUACUCAAAAACAUAAUUCCUUGAAAAAGACAGAUGAUGGUGUAAAUGUUGGUGAACUUAAUGAAUGUCUUGCAUCAUCCAAAUCACACUCCAAAAGCAAGACAAAGAAUGCAUUAAUGUUUUUUAAAAGCAUUAAGGAUGAGCUACGUGAUAAGAUUGACCUUACAGAUGCACCAUCUGCGGAACCUAAUGGGGUCUCUUGUUCUGAGCAAGGGGAACCCAAUGUUGAAGUGGUGACUUUCAGUAGUUAUCGAAAAAGGAAAAAAGCCAAAGAAGAAAGUAAUGUUGAGCCACAGGAGGGUACUGAGGUAACAACAUUCUAAUCAAAAUGUGAUCAUUUUGAGCAGCCAAAAAAUAUAUAUUCUAUGUAUACACACAUUAUUUCAGUCAGUGGACAAGUAACACACACACCCCUGUAACUUUUCACAUGUGUAUCUAUAUUUUACUUUCUUCUUGUAAAAUGACUCUUAAAGUUCUGUCACACGAGAUAAAGAUAAACACAAACGACUGAGUUUCCUUUCUUUGGAAAUAAGUCUGUUUACAGCUUCUUUAAUAAAAUAAUGGAUUUUUUUCCUUUUGUAGACCAGCUUGGAGGAGAAAGAUACAGAUGAAACCAGACACACGUUUAACUUGGAAAGGGUAUGUUCUUUGCCAUGUGUCUUUGUUUCUAGGGUUCUAUAUUUGUGUAUAUUUUUUUUUUCCCCUCUGUUUUGACUUGCUAGACCUCUGUGCAAUGAGUUUCACAUCCCAGAGAAUUAAUAGCACCAAUUAGGUUCCAGCUAAUUAACUAGUUAGACACCUAACUGAUGCUAGAAUAUAACCAUCAAUACUUUAGAAAAAGAAAUAUCUUCUCUAGAUUACAGUUGGUUUGAAUAUAAAAGUAUCUAGUUUGUUUUCUGUAUAGUCAUGUUAAUGGUUGCUUGUUUCUUUUAAAAAUAAAAGGCACAGAUAAGUUAAAAUAUAAGAGAGCGAAAAAUUCUCCACUAGUAAUUUUAUGCAUAAAAUCAUUUGAAUGUUGAGUGCCUUCACUUUUUAACUAUAGGGCUCUGUUAAUAUGUAGGUAUUUAUUAUGAUUAUAAAUAAACCUUUUUUUUUUUUUUCUUCCUGUAAAUUGUGUGUGUGUAUUUAUUUAUUUUGCAUAGGCACGCUUGGAAGUUCACAAGUUUGGAAUCACAGGAUACAAGAAGGAAAAACAAAGACUGUUUGAAAAAGAGAGAGCAAUUAUGUUGGGAGCUAAGGUGAGACAAUGUGACCUGGUUUGUUAUUAAAGUGAUUUUUACGUGUAAUACAAUCAUACAUGAAUACGCACUAAUGUGAUAAUUGUCAGGAAUUCAAACGGAAUUCCAGAUUUGAGGCUAAAAUAGCCAAACUGGAAAAAUCUCGAUCAGCAUCUGACAUUUGCAGCUCUGCAGAAGCUGUAUGUCAUUAAACCGCCUCUGAGGCUUGGCACCCUGGCGGAACCCAGGUAAGAGCCCCAAACCAUUGCAAGAUGGUUUUCUCUUUUACCUGGGAACGUUACCAGGGUAUUGCUGGUAUCAUAACCACUACAGCAGGCUGUACUGAUGUUGAUGCUCAGAAUAAUCCUGUAAAUAUCAAGACUUUACUCAGAAGCUUGAAAUUGCAUUUUUGAUAAAUACACCAUCUGUACAUGGUUUAUUAGGUAUAACAAGUACUGAGAGCUUAAAUGUAUUUGAGAAAAAAAUUUAUAGUCUUCGGAAGGGUUGAAUAGUAAGAAGUGAGUGACAUGAUGCCAUGGGGAAUGGAAACCGCAAAAGGAAAUCAUUCCAGCAAUCAAGCUAAAUGUAAAUCUGUGUAGAACAGAGGUGUUUGUUUUUUUGUUUGUUUUUUUAUUUACUGCCACUUAAUAUAUUAAAGCAGAUCUACAUAUUGAAAAUUCUAAAUUUUGUUUUCUUAUUUCCAGCCACCAAAGAGAGAAUAUUUAAAUUACAAAGUCUACCAAGAAAAAAGAGCAGCAAGGAAGGAAGAUAGUACAAUGGUUAGUUUCAUACAUGUUUCUGUUGUUGUAUACAUGCUAUCCGACUGACUUAAUAAUUCCGAAAUUGUCAAGAAUCUACCAGGGAAUUAAGGGUAUUAAGUUGUGCCUUGCUUUUUAAAUAAGUUAUGGAGAAAACACAUUACUGCUCAGUGGAAAUUGACAUUGGCAUAUAAAGACUUUUUAUAAGUCACAUUGGUUGUGAUAGCGUGACAAAGUUUUGUGUGUUGCAAAUAAUUUUAUGCUAAAAUGACUGGCAUUAAAAUCAAAGGCUUUCAGGCAUUUUAUCAUAUCUAGAAUAGCCGCUGUAUUUUGAAAUCCAGAGACUUAUUAAGACCAGGGCUUAAAAUUUCAAGCCAGACCUUAAAACGUACUUGCUAAUGCAAGCACGGAGAGUCCAUGGCAUAAUCCCCAAGUGUGAAUUUUUUAAUUGGGAUAAAUUCUUAUUUGCCAAUGGCUAGUGUCAAAUUGAAAUUUUGAGCAUUUUUUUGCAUGAAUAUAAUAGGAUUAAAGCUGAUAUCCCAGUGAGAUCAGUUGAAUAACCCCACCCCAAUUAGUCACAAUGUCCCUUAUUUAAUUUAUUAACAUUUUGCUCACUGAGCAAUUCUAUACUCAUUUGGAAAUUACUCAGAAAUUUAGCCCUGAACAAAUUGUGAGAAUCUUCUUUAGACUAUUACUGAAGCCCUCUGGACCAUUUUGGCUGAAUUCUCAUGGUAUCCAACAUCAAGCUUAUAAGAUCCAGCUGGUUUGCAAAAUGUAGAGGGGGGAAAAAAAAUAAAUAAAUGUAUAUCCUUCAGAAUUCCUUCAAAUUUAUUUUCAUUAAUGUUAGGGGAGUAAAGAAACAAAAUUGCACUUUUAAGCACAUUUUGAAAUAUUAUUUGUAAUAUUUGUUUUACAUUUUAUUGCUUAAUUUGUAUAAGGUAAUAGUCUCUAAUAAGGUGUGUCCUGUAAUCUAGGAAAAUAAUCUCGAGGCUUCAAGUAAAAAGCUGAAACGGGGACACGGAGAGAGGUGAGUUUCAAAGUUGCUAAGAAUUGUGUGCAUUUCAACUGAUAAUAACAAAUGAAUUGUCUUCUAAUCUGCGCCCGAAUUAAUCAAUCCAUCCAGGAUUUACCUGCGGAGUCUUAUUCAUGGUUAUGAAACACUGUCCUAAAAAAAAUUGAAAAAAGUUAGCUUUAAAAGUUAACCUUUAUUUUUUUUAUGCAUGUUUUAUAAUCUUGGUUCAUAUGUAAAAUGUUGUUUUUUUUUUUUGUUUUGUUUUUUUUUCAAAUCCCAGGAAAACAAAAAAGGCCAAAAACUCAGGAGGAAUUAUACCAACAGGUCAUGUCGGAAAAUUUAAGAAUGGGGCAUUAUUCCUAAGUGUUAAAGACAUAAAGAUGAUUAAGCAAUCCAAAGUCAUUAAAUGAAGACCGAAUAAGAAUAUAUUCUGCAUUUUAAGCGCCAAUAUCAAAAUUCUGUGAUUGUCACACAAUUAAGUUUGUAUGAUGCAAACCUGUGAAAGUUUGAUGGUGCUUUUAUAUGUGCCCUGUUCUUUUUCAAGAAAAAAGAUAGAAACGUAACAAAGGAACCCACAUUCCAAAGUAGAAAGCUGGAAGCACAAUGAGGUAGCCUUUUUAUCCACUUCUUUCCCGCUACCUGGAAUCUUUCAAGUUAAAGUUGGUUUUAUUAUAUUUUGAUUAAACAAUAUAUACUAUUUACACCCAGGUCAUGUUUCAGAUAUUAUGUAUGUAUUGUUA